AAAAGAGAGGGCAUUUAUGGACAAGAAAAAAAACGAAAGGGGUCACCCCAGCAAGAAAAGGAGGCACAAGCAAAGACGAACUGAGACAGAGGAAGAAAUCUUCUCUUUCAAGAAAGCUCAGAGAUGAAACCAUGGAUUUUAAAGCUCCUUUACUUCCUGUGACCUGUGGUGAGGUGAAGGGAAUUUUAUAUAAAAGCAAAUUAAAACGAGGAAUCCACAUGCAGUGUAUAAAGACUGAGGAUGGAGACUGGUUCACUCUCAGGGAAUUUGAAAUCAUAGGAGGCUAUGAAAGAUCAAAGAACUGGAAGCUGAGCGUGCGCUGCGGCGGACACCAACUAUUUUGGCUAUUUCAGGAAGGAUUUCUACCUCACCCACCAAGAAAAUAUCACAGAAAAGUAAGGGUGAAGGAUCAUCACUAUCUUGAGAAUAAUAAUGAAAAGCCAUGAAUUUCUGCACUGAGGAGGAAAAAUAAUGACUUCUGGCUUCUGGCUACAGCAGUCUGAGAUCCUAAAUGGGGAUGUGUUUGAGGAUCCCAAAUGGAAAUUUUUGGCAAGAAGUUCCUCAUGUAUGAUCCUUUUUAAAAAUAAAAUAAAU